AAAACAAAGGGAAGAAUAAAAAAAAAAUUAACAAUAAAAAAGAAAACGGUUCAAAAGCAGAGCGAAGCCCCCCUUCAAUGGCUACCUCUCCACCCUCUUCUUCUCCCUCCGCCUCAUUUUCCUCGCCUUCGCUUUAUCCCUCAUCUUGCAGUUCCUGCCACUCUCCGCCAUUGCUCAGCAGUAAGUCCUCCCAGCUCCGUCUUCCUCUUUACUUUCCCCUCCUUCGUGCCACGAGUUCCCAUCCAACCAUGCCUCGUUCCUUCCCCACUUCUUUCAGGCAGAUCCUGCCUUCGCUAGGCGAACCACAUCAUCCUUAUUGGUCCCUCUGCAUUUUUCCUACAAUUUAGUAUCGUUCGCCCCGUCGAUGAUUAGCUUUGCUGUUUCGGUUUCAGUUGAUGGCACUGAUCCGAAAAAUCAUCCCCACCUGACACGUGUGGCAUUUGGCUCUGCACAUUCAUGCUGAUCGCGUGCUCUCACUAGCCAAUCUCUCAUCGUCCGCCUGGUCGCCCUCCUAUCGACCGUCGAGCUUUUGUGCCCGAGACCAGUUGGAAAGUCUUAUUGCCAGACACGGUCACCCCACCCGAGUCUCGUUGUCAUCCCUCCA